AAGGUAAUUUUUUAUGACUUUUUUUUCCUUGUCAAGAUAAAUAAACCGGCAGGCUUGACACUAAUUUAAGUGGAAAAUGUUACCCAGCCUUACACCACAGAAUGCCAGUUUUGUGAUUCUUGUGAGAGGUACAGUCUCCUUAUCUCCCAGUGAUGAGAUAUUUUGGGAAAGGCUGAGCAUUUUUGCCCUCGUGUUAAUAUGAGCACAGACAUUCAGCAUUCUCCCCUACUUCCAGGGCAAACCACUGGCCACAAAACACAAACUGAAUGCAUAUUAGCAAAACCACUAUUAAUGUUUAUCAGUGCAUUUGAAAACUUAGUAAAAACUAAGAAAAUAAGAUGAAAAGAAAGGAAAGGUUUUUUUCUUUGAAACAUUAAUAUCAAGGAAAGUAGAAGGUGCACCUUCACCUCCAGACAAUAUAACUGAGAUAACAUCCAGUUAUCUGUGUUAUCAUAGACAUAUAAGACAUCCCUGUCAAUAACCGAAAUCUUGGAAAACAGUUAAAGUAGUAUUAAGGUCUUGGAUAUUUUUAAGUAUUACCCAGCAGUUACAAUUCAGUGGUGUUUUACACUGAAGGUGCUCAGCACACUGAAGCCAGUGUGAAUCAGCUAAAGACCAGGUGUUGCCAGCAAAGCUGUGCCAGUUUACGUCAGCUCAACAGAAUGGUGUCAUUUACACCAUGAAGGGAGAGCAAAGGACACGACCCUGCCUUUACCCUUGUCUCUGUAGGUAUUUUUGUAUCUUUUCUCUUUUUUUUUCCAUUGCUGGUGCACAUUCAUGGGAAAUAGAUAUGACUCUAAUUUUAGUACAAUAGUAAACAACCCGAUCUCUUUAAAAACUACAAAUUAACAAACAGUCAUGCCCAUAUGAUGUUUGAGGAAAGAAUAUACUGACAUACGUAAGGACCUGAAAGAGACACUGGUUGGAAAGUGAAGAAAAAUUGGAUUUCACUGAGGAAUUCCCAGAAUAAAAAACAAGGAGAGUGCAAAGACAAGGCAGAAAUAAUGAGGUUUAAAAUAAUAAUUCUUAAACACCAGAGCUGCUAUUGAGACUGAUGGAGAAACAUACUUUUUUAUCCAGACAGUGUCCGUUUGGAGGGAGGAAAUUAAAAGCUGAGGUCGGAGAACACCAGAAAGCUGGGAUGAGUGAAGGAAAGAGUUAAGGCUGGAGUCACCCUCUCUGAAGUGCUCUGUGAUGCUGUGCAGUGUUUCAGCCCCCAGAGCCUUCCUCCUCCUCCCUCUCUGUGUCGGAGUGGGGAGGAGGCGGGUUCUGCUGAGCUGUUAAAUCCUGAGUGAAGUUUCCCCCAUUUCCAGUGGCCACCGUUGUCUGAGGCUGGUUCGGAACAGGGCUGGGGUUGCCCUGACAUUUCUGGGACCACGGCCAGCCAAGAAGAAAAAAAACCGAGUGUUUUACAAUUUGCUUUUGUCAAAGUGUGGAGAAAGGGGAAAGGGAAGCGUCCUUUCUUUUUUUUUUCAGCAUCACAUUCCUGUGUUUUUCUUCAGCCUGGAAAAUAUAUUAGUGCUGGUGCUUUCCUCUCUGGAAACAAAGGAGCUAAACGGGACUGAGGAAGCAAGGAGUGAGGAGUUUUGGGAAGCUUAAAAGAGAGAGACUUGAAGCAGACAGAAGUUUCCUUUUCUUAAAUGAAAUCCUCGCCUGUGUGGGUAAUCGGUACAGCAAAAUUCCAGACCUGCAGGUAAAUGGAGAAGCAGAGAUCACAAAGGAAAUUUCUGCUAACCUCAUCCCGCCUGUCAAGAAGGUGAAGAAGAAAGUUAAGAGACACACAACAGGCUCUGUGACCUGUUGGGCUGCGUAAAGAUAAAUCACUGAACAACAGUAAAGCUGUAUGGCAUUGGUCUCCUUUUAAAGGAAAAAGACGUGAAAACUCGUCUCUGGCAGGGGGACUUCCCUGAGUGUAUUGCACAAUGAACUGGAGGCCAGCUCUCAGCUUAGCCCUGUUAUGGGCAGCAUGGUUAGUGUGUUGCUCUGAGAAGACGGAGAGGCUAGUGGAAAGAGGGAGCCAUGGAGUUAGGAAAGUGCCCCUGGCUUACAGGGCUUCAAGCAGCCUCCUGAGAAGGUCUGGAGCAUCCCUGAGGAAUUCCAGCCCAAAUUCUCAACACCCUGUCACCAAGAGGGAUUCUUCAGCACCUCCAAAGCCACCUGCCAAUCUCCUGCAAGGGGAAGCACAUUCCCAGGCCAGGGGCACGGGGACCAGAAUGAGGUUGGUACAGAGACUCACAGCUGCAGCCAAAUACCCCAAGUCCGAGAUGAUAAAGGAUGAAGGGAUAUCUUCUGCCACUCAGUCACGAGUGGUACGUUUCCCUUCAGGGUCAAGUUCUCCCAAUGUCCUGGCCAGCUUUGCAGGGAAAAAUCGGGUGUGGGUCAUUUCUGCCCCCCAUGCCUCUGAGGGCUACUACCGGCUCAUGAUGAGCCUGCUGAAAAAUGAUGUUUACUGUGAAUUGGCUGAGAGGCACAUCCAGCAGAUUGUGUUGUUCCAUGAAGAAGGGGAAGAAGGGGGGAAAGUUAGAAGGAUAACCAAUGAAGGAAAAAUCCUGGAACAGCCACUAGAUCCUGCCCUCAUCCCUAAGCUCAUGAGCUUUCUGAAACUGGAGAAAGGGAAAUUUGGCAUGGUACUGUUGAAGAAAACCCUGCAAGUAGAAGAAAGGUAUCCUUAUCCAGUCAGGCUAGAGGCCAUGUAUGAAGUCAUUGAUCAGAACCCCAUCAGAAAAAUUGAGAAGAUGAGACAGAAGGGCUUCAUUCAGGCAUGCAAAGCAGCUGGGGUGGAGGGGCAAGUGGUUGAGGAAGGCAAUAAUGGGGGCACCAUGCAGCCUACCCCUGGCAGUGAACAUGUCCAGGUGUCAGCAAGGAAGGAAGAUACAAGGAAGAGCAAUAAUCAGCCAACAAGGACCAAAACAGUGAGGAAACCAAUGACAACCACAGUGGCAACUCCUCUGCCUACAGUAAGGACCACUACCCUCCCUCCCACCACCACAACUAGUCGUGCCACCACCCAUGCAGUGACAACAGCCAGCCAGUCUACAACAACUACACCCCUCCCCAGCACACAGAGGACCUGGACCAUGAAGUCACAUUCCACCUCGGAGUACCUCAGGCUGCCAGUAGCCCCCGAUGCCACCACGCCACGAGUCACAGCCUCUGAGGACUUCUACUCUCCUGUGUGGAAAACAAACCGCAGGGACCGGCAGCAAAGCCACCAAGAGAAACAACUGGCAGCCACACGGAAACCAAACAAGGCUGCCCGCUACCACAGUUUCACAGAGCUCCCAACAGCUCCCUCAGCACACUAUACAAAGGCAAAUGCGGACAGAUUUAAAGACAACAGAACUGACCGAAAGGACUUUAACCACAGGGACCUGAAUGUCACACCUGGGCAACACAAACCAACUAAGACUAAACUACCAAAAAAGAAGACCCAAGAAAAGAUACUCAGUAAUGAGUAUGAAGAUAAAUAUGACCCAAGCAAGCCUACUAGUUCCCAUUUAGAGGAACAGUUUGUGGCAGGAAAUAUUCCCCCAAAGAAAGGAAAAGAAUUAAAGAAGCAUGACCGAAUGGAUAAACCUGAGAAGAAGAAGAAGAAGGACAGACCUGACAAGCAGCAGAAGAGUGAGAAGCAGUCCAAGAAGGUCAAAGCUGAAAAAAAGAGCAAGCAGGACAAAGACCGCAGUAAGAAGAAGAAGGGAAGCAGGACUGAGAAUGAGGAUUUUCCUAAGUCCAACAAGAAGACUUUCCUACAGCCUCCCAGGAAAUCAGCAACUAACCUCCUGGAAUAUUUUGAAGGCAAGAGGAGGCUCAUUCUGAUCACAACCCCCAAGGCGGACAACACCAUGUACGUACAGCAGCGAGAUGAGUAUCUAGAGAGCUUCUGCAAGAUGGCAACGAGGAAGAUCUCAGUCAUCACAAUUUUUGGCACCAUGAACAACAGCAGCAUGAAAAUUGACCACUUCCAGCUAGAUAACGAAAAGCCCAUGAAAGUGAUAGAAGAUGAAGAUCUUGUGGACCAACAGCUCAUCAGUGAGUUGAGGAAAGAGUAUGGGAUGACCUACAAUGAUUUCUUCAUGGUGCUGACAGACACUGACAUGAAGGUCAAGCAAUACUAUGAAGUACCCAUAGCAAUGAAGUCUGUGUUUGAUUUGAUUGACACCUUCCAAUCACGAAUUAAAGACAUGGAAAGACAGAAAAAAGAGGGCAUUGUCUGCAAAGAAGAUAAGAAGCAAUCGCUUGAGAGCUUCUUAUCCAGGUUCCGAUGGAGAAGGCGGCUGGUGGUGAUCUCUGCUCCCAGUGAUGAAGACUGGGCUUAUUCUCAGCAGCUUGCUGCUCUCAGUGGACAAGCCUGCAAUUUUGGUCUACGCCACAUAACUAUCCUGAAAUUGCUGGGAGUCGGAGAAGAUAUUGGAGGUGUCUUAGAGUUGUAUCCAAUUAAUGGAAGCUCUACUGUAGAUCGAGAAGACAUCCCGGCUAAUUUGGUGAAAGACAUUCGGAAUUAUUUCCAAAUUAGCCCGGAAUAUUUCUCCAUGCUUCUAGUGGGGAAAGAUGGCAAUGUCAAAUCCUGGUACCCUUCUCCAAUGUGGUCUAUGGCGAUUGUGUAUGACCUGAUUGAUUCCAUGCAGCUCCGGCGCCAGGAAAUGACAAUUCAGCAGUCACUGGGCAUGCAGUGCCCUGAUGAUGAGUAUGGUGGGUAUGGCUACCACAGCUACCACCAGGGCUACCAGGAAGGUUACCAAGAUGACUACCGCCACCACGGAAGUUACCACCAUGGAUAUCCAUACUGAACAGAGCGACUUAGCCUCUGGCUGCCCCCAUCAAUAGCUAUCCAAGCAAUAGGGGGCCAGUUGCAGAAAAUCUUCCCAGGCCACCUAGAUAUCCAUGCCUUGUUCUUCUACUGAUCAAUCUAGGAACUUUGGUCAUUUGCCUUUUCAAAAAAUGCAGAAACCUUUACAGUGAUUCAAACCAGUAGUAUUGAAGCUUUAAACAAUAAAGACUCCUUUAUAUUUUUAAACCUUUAUAAACAAAGGCCAUUAGCAGGUGCUGUUUGUAUUAAAACCAAACAAAAAAAACUCACAGCCCCAGCUCAUGAGCACUACAGUAGGAUAGGAAAAAAAACUGUCCAACAAUGUGCUUUUUACUACUUUUUCUAAGGAGAAAAAAAAAGUAUAUUUAUUGGAAAGUGAGAUUUCAUUAAACUUAUGAAGAGAAAAUGAACCACAGUUUGGGUCUCUCCCAGAAAAGGAAAAUUUAAGAAAGAAGCACGGGGCAUGCUCUUUAGUAAUAACAACAAGAGUAAUAUAAUCUUUUUGAAACACCAAGUUUAAAAAGAUAGCAUCCCUUCUACAGUGCAUUACCAUUGUAAUUAGCUGACUUUAUGAAUGAAAAUAAGGUUUAUGGCUAUGGUCAUAAUUGUUCCAAUACAAUACUAUGUAAAGUUCUUAACUACAAAGCUUACUGCAUGGCUAUUUAUUCUUUCAGUUGGGGUCCCUGUUCUCUUAGGUCUUGCCCACCUCACUGUUAAAUCUAAGUUAAUGAGAGCUAAGUGGAAACACUAACCAGGGUUAGCACUGUCUGAAAUACAGAAAUCUGAAAAGCAUUGUUUUCAUCAGAAAAAGAAAUCUCAUUCAAAUAUACUUUCAAUGAGUUGUAACUAGCUCACUAUAAUAAUGCUUUUAAUUAAACUGUUACUCUAAAUUUCAAA